GCAUCCGGCCGGACGGCCCUUGGUACGUUGACCACGCCUUCCCCAAAUUUUUGACGCCAUGAGCUAACCACCCAGUAUACAGGCAGGUCCAGGUCAUGUCGACUCUUCCCCUCAAGGCCAUGUCCCGUCUUUGGGGCAAGUUCAACGAAUUGACUAUCCCCUACUAUCUCAGAGCUCCCGGUUUCCGUCUAUACGCAUACUUCUUUGGUGUCAAUCUCGAUGAAAUCGAAGAACAAGACCUCCACAAGUUCCCCAACCUCGCCGCUUUCUUCUACCGCACUCUCAAGCCCGGUGUCCGCCCCGUGGAUCCCAACCACAAUGCCCUGGUUGCGCCAUCCGAUGGUCGAAUACUACAGUUUGGGCGAAUCGAAGGAGGCGAUAUCGAACAGGUGAAGGGUAUGACUUAUACUAUCGAUGCGCUCCUCGGUCAGAAUUCCCCAACUCCCAGCAUCUCCGGUACGACCCUGCUCGACGAAAGCACCAAGGCGAAAUCGGUCAAUGGAGACUUUGAGGGCGACGAUGAAUUGGUCAAGAAGGACGAAGAAUUCGCCCGUGUCAAUGGUAUCUCUUACACUCUCCCGGAUCUUCUCUCUGGUUCCAAGAAGCACGACAAGCUGUUCAAGCCCAAGGAUGAGUCUGUCACCCCUUCCAAGACUUCCGAGACUGAGGUGAGCGCCGAGCUUGCGCUUGGUGAGAAGCCCUGGUACGACGUUCUCUCGGGUGGUGAGCGCCACACUCUCUACUAUGCUGUCAUCUAUCUGGCUCCUGGCGACUAUCAUCGGUUCCACUCCCCUACGGAAUGGGUUGUCGAGCGCAGACGUCACUUUGCCGGCGAGCUCUUUAGCGUGUCCCCCUACCUGCAGCGCACCCUCCCUGGUCUUUUCACCCUGAACGAGCGUGUCGUCCUCAUCGGCAGAUGGCGUUGGGGCUUCUUCAGCUACGUCCCUGUCGGUGCGACCAAUGUCGGCUCUAUCAAGAUCAACUUUGAUCGCGAACUCCGGACCAACAGCUUGACGACCGAUACCGCUGCUGAUCGGGCUGCGGAGCUUGCGGCGGCCAAGGGUGAGCCUUACCUGGGAUAUGCCGAGGCCACCUACGAAGCUGCGAGCCCGGUCCUGAAGGGCCAUGCUCUGCGCAGAGGUGAGGAGAUGGGUGGCUUCCAGCUUGGCAGCACCGUCGUCCUUGUCUUUGAGGCGCCCGUUGCCGAGUACGACGAGUCCGGUAAGGUCAUCAAGGGAUGGACCUGGGACGUCGAGAAGGGGCAGAAGAUCAAGAUGGGACAGCCCAUUGGUCAUGUUGAGCUCUAAAUUGGGCACACAAAGAAGCCUUGUUACGGUGGCAGGCGUUUGAAGGAGGGAAUGGUUGAAAACUAGACAAGAUACAGGUGGUGUAUUCGGGUCUCGGAUCUCUUCAACACGUAUCCUUUGAAUUUAUACUCUUUAUAUGAUACCCCUUCCCGGGUAGCAAUAUCUAUGUUGCACUCUGUUUUUCAUCUUCUUUUCAUAGGUAUAUACUUUUUUCAAAGAUUGGAAGCAUCAAAAAGUCUGCAUGGCAUGUGGGUUGGGAUCUGAAAAAGAGGUGGCAGCAGUUAGGACAGAUAGAUGGGAUGGACACGCGGCAUGUACAUAGCUGAGAAAUUGAAGUAUCUGUACCAAACACACAACUUGUGCA